ACAGUUUUGCCUCACUUAAGUCUAGGCCAUCCGACUGUCAACAGCGAAAAUCGCGCGCGCGUGCUCUCUCUCGACGAUUGAAGGUUGUUCUUUCUCUUCCUCGGUUGGUGGAUUUGGUUGGAUUUUUGUCGUUCGGUGGUGGCUGAAGAUUUUUGAUUUCUGACGUCUGAUUCGGACGUUUGGAAAAGAGUUACGGCGAAGAACGGGACGGUGGAGGGAGAAGUGCGGUGCCAAGCGAAACAGAACAACCCCUCUGCCUUUGGCGUGUCCCUUGAGUGGCAGUAUUAGUAGUAGUACAGUAGUAGUACACCUAUACUCGAAAGGGGGGACCACUUGCAGCAACCCAGUAGUGUGUCAGUCGGUGAGAAAGUGCACAAACGGCUCUUAGGUCGGUGACGGGUGCUUAGUCGGACAGAGUGAGAGAGACACCGUGAUUGGGCUGUGAAGAAGAAGUUGUUAAUAUAUAACAAGUUGCAUCAUAGUCUUAAGACUUCAGUCUUAAGAAAGUGUACCGCCAAUAAACAUCUUUCGCAAAAAAAGAAAAACACGCCGCGACGCGAGGAACAAACCAGCUCUGGGAUUACGCGCGCAGAUUCUUGAGCUAUUUUCAAAAUUUUGCAAUCCUGACAGUGACUUGUUUCCGUGGUACGCGAAUAUUUUCUCAAGGAUUUUCCGGGAUUGUGAAGUACUGUUGGAGAGCAGGAAGCUGAUCCGUCAUUUGGAGCUGUGAACCAGGAUUAAAAUGGAUUAUUUCUACUUCUGGAUUUAUAAUAGAAGAAAAUAAUGGAGAGAAUAAUUUGAAAAUUUGAAGAUUUCGAAAGUGGUCGUUGAAAUGGACUGUUAAUAUUUUUUUCUGGAUGGUGUUAUGGACUGAGAAGGACUUCAUGAAAAGCAGUGCAAUAAUAUUCGGAAGAAAGAAGAAGUGCAAUCGGAAGAAAUCAGAAGAAAUUUACAGUGCAAUAAAAAAAUACGGAUUUUGAAAGCUGCAUUGGAAGAACCUGAGUGUAGUGUUUAGCAAAAUAUGGAAUCGCCUCAAAUGUAUGACACAAAUCAAAUUCAAGUGCGAAGUGAUAUCAAGAAACUAACAAUGGCAGCGAACACCACAAAUACCAACAACAAUAAUGCUUCGACGCCAAAUAAUAAUAACAACUCACCAACGGCAGUCAACCAGAAUACGUUGGCCCUUAAGCAGCAACAGCAGGUUCAACUGAACCAACACACCCAAUCGAACGGGAAUGCGUUAACCAACGGAAAUAUUCUGUCAAAGCAAAUGCUCCAGCAGAUCCAGUACUCGCAAAGUGAGCUGGACGAGCUCACAUCUCAGGAAAUUUCGCUGGACCUCCAACAUCUGAUCGAUGAUCAGUUCCGUGAUCCGGAGGCCCUCGGUAUCUUCACCGAAAUGGUUACCGUCGGUAGCACCAACGGUAGCGUGACGAACCCCUUAGUUCAGACAGCGGCUGCUAAAGCCCUUCAGCUACAGCAAGCCCGAUUGUCCCAACACACAAAUGGAAACAGCUAUCAACGAUCUCUGGCCUACAUGCCACAACCAGUUCACACUGGCGCUACAUAUGCGAAUACUUCGAGUGACGAAAACAGCAGUGUUGGUUCUUCGGAGUCAGCUAACAUCAAAGAAGAACCAGUAGAUCCAAACGAGUACCGCCGCCAGCUACAGAACAGUGGAGCACAGUUCAUGGGUAAUACGACCUAUCAGCUGGCUGGCGGCGGCGGUGGUGGAGGCAUCGGCACAGGCAACUACGUUACGAACGGUAAUGGAAACACCUUCUCGAACCUUACUCCGGCUACGGUGUUGCAUCACCAAGCCUUGCCACAUCUUGCCGGAGCUGCCCACCUAGCGAACCUUACCAAACACAACAAAAUGCUGCCGCACGUAGCUCGAAAGUCGGUGCCGAAGUCCGUCGACAAGGGAACCGACGAAUACCGGAGAAGGCGCGAACGGAACAACAUAGCGGUACGAAAGUCCCGCGAAAAGGCGAAGGUGCGAUCGCGAGAAGUCGAGGAGAAGGUGAAAACUCUUAUCAAAGAGAAGGACCUGCUGCUGCGGAAGAUCGAGGAGAAGAAUAACGAAAUCCAGCUCUACAAACAGCUCUACAUGCAUCUGAUGAACCACAGCAAUCCGGAGAUCAACCAGAUCUGCCGCAGUGCGUUGAAUCUGUCAAACAUGGGUGAUCAUAUGUAGAAUAAGGGAUUUUAUUGUAUGCAAUCAUCUCCACCCGCCCCUUUGUUCGUCACGUGAAGUGGUCUGUCCUUAGCUUGUAGUAAAUUAAACCGCAAUUCGCGUAUUAUUUAGUGGAAAAUUGUAGAUUGAAAAUCGUUGUAAAUAUAGACAAAGACCUGGCGACGGGGAAGAUAUGUACGAUUUGUAUUGGAACUGGUGGAAAUAGUUUCACAUGAAAUUGGACCAUUUUUGAUGAACGUUGAACCAAAGACAGUAUGUGUAGAAAUGUGCUAACAAGCCUGCGAGUAAGGCGGAGCGCGAAAAGCUGUAAGUGUUGAGCUGAGCGAGGCAACGCAGAACUUUUGGAUGGAAAUGGAUUACCUGUACAUACACUUAUUCAUUUUUAUUUACCAUCAACAGCUGCUAAAGUGCAAGAAAGUUAUAUUUUCUACUUAACUCACAAGACAGCUUCGAUAAGACUUGUUUUUAUUAUAAUUAUCAUCCCAUUAUUUUUUUUAAAGAGUAAUAUUUUAUUCGUUUGUGAAUGUUGAAUAAAUGUUUAGAAAACGGCUAAUAAACCAAGUGUUAUGUUUGAUCGACAGAAAGAAAUAUUUUCUUCUUUUAAAGUUUUGUUGUUUCUUUGCUCGUUCAUCCGCAACCAGAGUAGAAUCGUUGUACAGAAAAUUGUAAAAUGCAGCCGAAACCCAAGGUCAGUCGCAAUUUGCCUCAGAUUUUCUUUUGUUUCCCAUCGAAAGCUAUCCGUAUUUGAAGGACUCACCAGAUUUGUUUGCUUUAGGGAACGGUGAAAUCAUGUGAUCGCUUAGAACCGAAGUUACCAAUCUCAGCUCGUUAGUUUAAACUGUGUUGAAAAAUCUCAUCUUCUCAAUCAGCUAAGUAGAGGAACAAUACAAAAAUCAAAAAAGACAUUUAUUUAUGCAUACUCUUGUACCAAGCGGCCAAACACGAAAAACAAUCAUCCAACUGUGUAAAUUUAAUUUCGCAAAACCACUCGGAAUUCGCUGCAAUAAUAAUUUUAAUGAACCCCAGCAAUGGAACCAGACUAGCAAAAUCCGUGUAACGUGCACUCUGGUUCCGACACUCGGUGGUAAAAGGUGUAACUAGACUAAUUUUGCAUAGAGAAAGUGAUCUAGAAUUCUAGUUUGUAAUAGACAAGACAGCAGAAAACGAAAAAAAAAAUGAAAGUGACAAGACUCAACCUCCUGCCCGUAUUACAUAUUAAAAGUCGAAGAAUCGUUUAUCGAAACACAAGGUGACAGACUGGGUAUCUAUCAAUAUAUUUCCUGAGUAUGAAUAUUAAUGUCGGAAUGGAAAAAAAAUCAAGUCUGCUAUUUAAUAAUUCGCAAACGGUGAGAAUCGAAACUUAUAUUCACGUAUGCAUGUAAACAUAAACAAACAGCUAGGGAAACUUAAGAAAACGCAGAAACUGAGACGGAUUUGUUACCAUGUUAGAAUAAUGUUAAAUUGUAAACACGUGGUCUACUAGUAGCAAUUAAGUUUUCUCUCAAAUUAGCUAAUUGAAGAGGAACGAGAGUAAUUUGUUUUUUGGAUGCUUUAUAGAUUCCUUACCAAGUUUAUUCUUUACUUUCGAUCUGUUAUUGUCGUUAAUUAUUCGGAAAACAUUCAACCGGGGACGCGAGUUUAGCUGGCUUUUUCGGAAGAUGAAGACUCUAAAAAAAUCUAUUAUUAUAGCGAUAAACACAAACAAACCUGAACAACACAAACACACACAAUUAUACAAGUACUGUAUUUUUCUCAGCUUGAAAAGUCUGUUUUGAAAAUAAGAAAUGAAAUAAAGAAUGUAUUAAAAGUGAUUAAU